UCAACAGGAGUUUUCAGUGCAGACGGAUUUCAUGGCUCGCUUUACCCAAAUGUACCUUAUUCAUGAUAAGUUCAUGCAUUGGUCUGCUGUCUACCAGCCACAAAUUUUCACCAAUAUGGAAACGAACAACAAUAUUGAGAGUUGGCACAACCAAUUGAAGAUAAACUACUUACAAUGGAAGAGAAAUAGAAGACUGGAUCGAUAAAUAUUUAUCUUGGUUGAUUAUGUUCAUACCAAUUUUAUGCACAAUACCGCAAGGAUGUCUGCUAAUAUCGGACAUAUGAGCUCAAAGACUAGAGGGG